CACUCCACUCCAGUCAUCACUCCCGCACCGUACGCUUCGCUUUUGCCUGCCUACGCCAGCGCCACCGGCCGACGCCGUCGCUGAGUUCACCUGAGGCGCCGCGCCGCGGGCCGCGGGCCGACGAGGGAGACGAGCAGGACGGUGGUGGUAGCGCGGCGCGGCGCGGCGCGGCGCGGCGCGGCGCUGGUGGUGGUGGAGGAGAGGAGAUGAAGGCCAAGGCCCUCCCCUUCAUCGCCUUCGAGCACAAGCGGGACGCUUAUGGUUUUGCUGUGCGGCCACAGCACCUGCAGCGGUACAGAGAGUAUGCAAAUAUCUACAAGGAGGAGGAAGAGGAGAGGUCCGAGAGAUGGAAGAAUUUUCUGGAUCGGCAGGCUGAGGACGGAGAGUCAUCCGGAGAGGACGUCAAGGUUGCACCUUCCAACGAGGAUGAUGGACCUCCUGGCAAGAAUGCUGAGGAUGCCAGGCCAGAUGAGAAAGCAUUGAGGCAGCAAAGACCACAUAAGAUCCAGAUAUGGUCUGAAAUCAGGCCCUCUUUGGGCCACAUUGAGGACAUGAUGAACUCACGUGUCAAGAAAAAGCAAUUUUCUUCUGUUAAAGAGGGGUAUACGGGGGAUGAACUGCACCCUGAUAAUCCUGAAGAGAGCAAACCAUCGGAGGAUUCUGAUGAUGAGUUCUAUGAUGUAGAGAAGGUUGAUCCUAGCCAAGAAGUGCCUUCAGCUGACAUUUCCAAUGCUGACUCAGGUACAAAUAGAGGUGCAGACCAAGAAGACUAUUAUCCUUGGAAGGAAGAAUUAGAAUGUUUGGUCCGUGAUGGGCUUCCAAUGGCUCUGAGAGGAGAGCUGUGGCAAGCUUUUAUUGGUAUUGGAGCUCGUCGGGUGAAAGGGUACUAUGAGGGCCUCCUUGCAGCGGAUGGUGAAAAAGGAGACAGCAAAUGUUCUGAUUCUCCGCCUAGGGAGUGUGAUAAUGGAAAACCAAAAGCAUCUCAACCAUUUUCUUCUGAAAAGUGGAAAGGGCAAAUAGAGAAGGAUUUGCCUAGAACAUUUCCAGGGCAUCCUGCACUAGAUGAGGAUGGUAGAAAUGCAUUAAGACGCUUGCUCACAGCUUAUGCUAGACACAAUCCAUCAGUUGGUUACUGCCAGGCAAUGAACUUCUUUGCUGGUUUGUUACUUCUACUGAUGCCUGAGGAGAAUGCAUUUUGGGCAUUGACAGGCAUUAUGGAUGACUAUUUUGAUGGUUACUUUUCUGAAGAAAUGAUCGAAUCUCAGGUGGAUCAGCUUGUUUUAGAGGAGUUAGUCCGAGAGAGAUUCCCAAAACUAGUAAAUCAUCUUGAUUACCUUGGUGUACAAGUUGCAUGGGUUACUGGACCAUGGUUCCUAUCUAUUUUCAUGAACAUGCUUCCCUGGGAAAGUGUUCUUCGUGUUUGGGAUGUGCUUCUCUUUGAGGGAAACCGUGUGAUGCUCUUCCGGACAGCCCUUGCACUGAUGGAGUUGUAUGGUCCUGCACUUGUGACAACAAAAGAUGCUGGGGAUGCUGUAACCCUUUUGCAAUCUUUAGCUGGCUCUACUUUCGAUAGUAGCCAGCUUGUUUUAACAGCUUGCAUGGGAUAUCAAGCUGUAGGUGAAGCCAGGCUGCAAGAACUGAGGAAUAAACACCGUCCAUCUGUUAUCUCUUCAAUGGAACAGAGAGCAAGAGGCCUUCGUGCCUGGAGGGACACCAACAGUCUUGCAUCUAAACUAUAUAAUUUCAAACGUGACACUGAACCCUUGGUGUCAUUAUCUGAAGAACAGUCAAAUGACUCGACAGAUGGCGAUAAUAACCAAGAAACCAGUUCUGGUAACAUGAAUGAUAUGUAUCUUGGUCUCACUGUAAACUCUGAGAUCGAUUCUUUGCCUGAUCCUAAAGACCAGGUGGUCUGGCUGAAGGGAGAAUUGUGCCAAUUGCUAGAGGAGAGAAGAUCAGCUGUUCUGAGGGCUGAUGAAUUAGAGACAGCACUGAUGGAAAUGGUUAAGCAAGAUAACAGACGUGAACUUAGUGCAAAGGUCGAGCAGUUGGAACAAGAGUUAUCAGAGCUAAGGCAAGCUCUUUCAGACAAGCAGGAACAGGAGCGAGCAAUGCUUCAGGUCCUAAUGCGUGUGGAACAAGAACAGAAAGUCACAGAGGAUGCCCGCAUCUGCGCUGAGCAAGAUGCUGCUUCUCAGAAAUAUGCUGUGCAUGUUCUCCAGGAGAAGUACGAGGAAGCUAUGGCUUCACUUGAACAAAUGGAGAACAGAGCAGUUAUGGCAGAAACAAUGCUAGAGGCAACACUUCAGUACCAAUCUGGUCAGCAGAAAGCACAGCUGCCGUCUCCUUCUCCUUCUCCAAGAACCCCAACACGAGAUGGAUCACCUGGUCAAGCGAACCAAGAUUCAUCACAGGAGUUCCAGCCUAGAAGAAUAAGUUUGCUUGCUCCAUUUUCUCAGGGCUGGCGAGACAAGAACAAGCCGGAUUGUAGACCGUCUGGGACUCCUUUAGCCACGUUUGUUGCCGGACUCCUGCGGCACGACCAUCUUGUUGCGGCGCUGGUAGGUCUUGCCGGUCAUAACAUCUCUCCCCCCCUGGAGCAACAGCUCGUCCUCGAGCUGGUAAUCAGGGUAUAGUCGCUUGAAAUCGUCCAAUGCCACCCAAGCGGCUGACGAAGCAUCCUGAUCAACCCAUUGCACUAACACUUCAUAACGACCACGGGCAAGCCUACCUCGGAGAACCUUGGCUGGCUGAGGGCAGACACGCCCAUGCUGUACCGGGGGCAAAGGAGCUGGCGCCACAGGAGGAGUUCCGUGAAAGGGCUUGAGUAAUCCAACAUGGAAAACAUUAUGCAAGCGUGCUCCCGCUGGCAAGUUCAAGCGAUAAGCCACCUCGCCAAUCUUUUCUGCCACUUGAUACGGCCCAAAAUAUCGUGGACCGAGUUUGCCACGACCCUUCACAGCGAGAGAAGCCAUCGGCCGAUGGAGCAAACGAAGCCAAACCCACUGGCCGACUUCAAAGGAUAACUCUCUAUGUUUCUUGUCAUACUGCACUUUAGCAUACUGCUGUGCCUGCUCAAGACGAUCACGAAUUUCAGCAAUGAAUUCAUCUCUCUCAAGUAGCUGUUGCUCAACCGCCGGCAAGCGGGCUUCACCCUGUUCAUAAGCACGCAGCGCAGGGGGAUCACGACCAUAAACCACCUUAAAAGGCGAAGUCUUUAGUGAUGCUUGAUAAGAAGAGUUAUAGCAAAACUCUGCCCAAGGGAGCCAGCGAACCCACUGCCUAGGCCGAUCUCCUGUCAAACAGCGCA